UUCUGUCCUGUGAGAGUGUCCUCCACUCUUAUACUCCAUUAUCUGAAGUCGUCGGUUGCGUGAACUGGAUUGUACCUAUAAUUUUGUAAUCAGGUGACGAUGGUGUAUCACAGGUCUUCUGGCGGCUCGUCGUCUUCCAAGCGACCAGUCAAUGCCUUUGCCAAUGACGGCAGCUUCUUGGAGAUGUUCAAGAAAAUGCAGGAGCAGCAAGCCCAAGGUUCGAGCGACGCUGGAGUAGCCGGUAACAGUAAAACGGAAGAACCGUCAAGUAGUACCGAGCCCAAAGAAGGUACUGCCGUUUCUGAUAUAAAAGACAGUUCUACGUCUAACGACACCAAACCCGCCUCUAGCAGCAAACCAUUUUUUGUCGGUAAAAGGAGGGGUGGGAGAUUUUUGGCGACCGGGAAGGUUAAAAAGCUUAAACCCGAAGGCCAGGAGGAGGAAGAGGCUCCACCUAAAGAUGCCUGGUCGUUAUAUUUGGCCGAGGUGAAAAAAUAUAAGCAGACAACAUGUGAGGAAGAAGGCAAAACGAGACCUCUUGUGAAAUGAGUUGACUUGUACGUUAAAAUGAUUUUUAUCUGUAAAUAUCUGACCAACUCUCCAUGAGUUACAAGCCUUUACGUGGAUUGGACAUUUAAGUGUCAUUAACAUGAUUGCUGAAUGGACGAAAUAGGUCUAGGCCUCUUAUGUUUCAAUCAGUUGACUAAAUAUAAGAGAGUUGUACAAGUUUGUUUCUAUUGAAUGACCUGUCUUGAUUCACCAAGUGUAUCCAAGGGUAAAAUAUUGUUAGUAAUAUCGAUUUGCAAAAUCGAAUACGUAAAACUUUUUAACAUUACAUUUAUAAAUGAGUUAUUUAAUAAUGAUACAAUGAAAGUUUUCUUUAGUAAAACUUAUAAAUAAACUAUAAAAUCUAUAAAUUAAAUUCGUUAAAGUUCUAAUUGGUUGUCUGACGAUAAAGCAAUUAACUACUUGGCCGGAAAAUGAAUUUUUAACACUAAUUUACUGUUAAUGCUAUUAUCUUUUAACGUUAUACUUUUCUUUGCCUGCACUUUAUUUAACCACUUCUAUAGUAUAAAUAUGUUUAAGUUUAUUGCUUAAUUAGAUGACACCUACCCUAUUAUUUCUAAUUGCCUGUAAUUCAAUAUUUACAUCACAAUUAUUUUGUUGAUUAAGCUUAUUUUGUUUUUCCACCAAGUAGUUAAUGAAAUUAUUAAAGUUUGCUAUGUGUUAACAUUUACAAGUUAACUUCUUCAUAUUUUUUCCUCAUUUGAAUAAAUAUGAUGUUCAUUUCGAGUUUGAAUGUUAUAAAUAUAUUAUUUUAAUAGUCUUUCUGGUAAAAUAUAUUACUGUUUUUAAUUUGUAAAUUGUAAUUGGUAAAUUUUGUUAUAGAAUUUUUUUAAGUGGUCAAUUUAAUUUUGUAGAAUUAUUGAACAUGUUUUAAAACAAAUCACAUUUGCCAGCACACAACUAUUACCACUUAACAUUCUUACAAAUUAUAAAGUUGAAUUUGUUGGAAGCUGUAAAAUAGUAAUUCUGAUUUGUACUUAGCUUGUACAAUAAAACUGUUAUUUCUUACA